CAUUGAGUCUAUUCAUUUCGUCUGCCAGAAUUCCGAGUCGAGGAGAGGCUCCUGAAGUGCUCACAUGUCUGCGCACUGCUGUACCUCGCGGUGGUACCACUGUGUGAUUGUAUGAGUGUAAAGAAAUGUGGGAGGAGGAAAUUGUGUUAUGAAGGACAGGUCGGACUAGGUACAGGCCUGAGCUCCACAUCUGUCCUGCCGCCGUCACAUUGCGAUGGAUUUCGUGCUGAGCGGAGUGGCGGCGUGCGGCGCGUGUCUGUUCACCAACCCGCUGGAGGUCGUCAAGACGCGGAUGCAGCUGCAAGGCGAGCUCCAGAGUCGGGGGACCUACCAAGUAUACUACCGUAAUGUGUUUCAUGCAUUUUACACUAUCGGUAAAGUGGACGGUCUGGCCGGGUUGCAGAAAGGACUGGCACCAGGGUUGGUGUAUCAGUUCUGUAUGAAUGGAGUCCGACUGGGCUCGUACGCCAUCAUUGAGUCCUCCGGUUACAUCCACACGAAUGGGAGGGUCAACGCGGUCAAAACCACCAUAGCAGGAGCUGUGGCUGGUGUAGUGGGGGCAGUUAUGGGCAGCCCCGUAUAUUUGGUGAAGACUCAUCUGCAGAGUCAAGCUGCCUCCUCUAUAGCAGUUGGACAUCAGUACAAACACCAGGGGAUGAUCCAUGCUCUGGCAGCCAUCUACAGGGAGCAUGGAAUUAUGGGACUGUGGAGGGGCUCCAGUGCUGCAGUACCCAGGGUCAGCGUGGGGUCUGCUGCACAACUCAGCACAUUCUCCUCUGCCAAAGAGCUGGUUACAGACCUACAGUUGUUCAAAAAAGACAGCUGGUUGGUGGCCCUGACUGCCGGGAUGAUCAGCAGCGUUGUGGUGGUUCUGGCGAUGACACCUUUUGAUGUAGUGAGCACACGACUCUACAACCAGCCUGUGGAUCAAUUGGGCAAGGGGCAUCUUUAUAAAGGAUUUACUGACUGCUUUUCUAAGACGCUGAGGAAGGAGGGCUUGUUGGGACUCUACAAAGGCCUGGGAGCCUCUUAUUUCCGGCUCGGCCCGCACACCAUUCUGUCUUUGUUCUUCUGGGAUGAACUGCGCAAACUGCAUCGGCAGCUCAGAUAACACCGGAGAAGAGGAAAUUGGAAAAUGGGUUACUCAUUAAGCUCUGAGUGCACAGGUUAAAUGAGUGUUCAUUUAAUGAGUUUGUUAUUAUGAGGUGAAAGAAAAAACCUCGAGACACUCUUCUUCCUUGAUGGGACAGAGGAAGAACAAAGGUGAUGAUUUACACUCCAUUAUGAAAACACUUGAGUGCUGUUAAAAUGUGUCAGGGAGAAGGAGAAAAAACUGUUACUGUAGCUAGGAGUGCUGACCAAUCUGUUUGUCUUGUCAUAAAUGCACUUCCAUUUGUUCUGGUGCCAUAUGAGACCAAAUAUGAGACCAGCCAAAUAGGAAGAUAGACCUCAUGUACAGUGCAGUCUUUCAGGGAAAAUACAAUUUUCAUCAAGGCUCUUGUAUAGCUCUUUUAACCUUCAGUUAUGCCAUUCCAAGACAUAUAGAAGUAUCUGCAUCUGACACAGCUCCUUAACUUCUGCAGAAAGCAUCAAAUGAGGCCCCCUUUUGGAAAAAAUGAAUGAAUAGUGCCAUCAGCCAAAGCAGUGGCUCUAAUAUAGAAUGAUUUGGGAUUAUUGGCCAGAUUGUAGCUGUACUGUUUUUCAGUAACAGCCAUUGGAUACAGAGUUAUCACAGAACUAGUUCAGGUAAGCGUUUUGUCUGUUAGCUUGAUAUGACAUAGGAAAAAAGAAACCGCUGAUGUCUGAUCUCAUUCUACCCGCAGAUCAAAGUUGUGAAAAUGAGCAGCAGUCUUCUUACAUAAGCAGAAGGUAACGUCAAGUAUACAAUAACAAAAGAAGGAGGAUAUCUGUAGUUGGGGAAUUUUCUGUAUUCAACCUCACCCUCAGUGUAGUAUGUGCUGCUGAUCAUUGAACUACCAGUGAGUCAGUCACGAAAAACUUUUCUGGCCUUAAGUGGAGAAAAAGGGAAAUGUGUUUGAGAAGGGUUAAAGGCAGCUUUUCUAAAAGGCUUCUUUGAAGAAGAACACUCCCAAAGUCAACUUGAAGUCCUUUAAAACUUUCCACUCGUUGGUUGACUUUGUGUUAGCAGCUUCAAAGCAGCCUCUGUGGAAAGUAGAAACAGAGGGAAUGAUAACUGUGGCCUUUUUUUGUUUGUCACAGUUUGAAAAAGUGUCUCAACAACUCCAUAAAAUGACUCCAUGGCCUGUGUGCAGGAGACUCAUGGUUCUGUGAGGUUUAACCCAAGAUGUGAGCCACAUUUGGUGCUUUCUCCAUAUUUUGAAGUGCAUGAUACUCUGCAACGUGUCAGGAAUUUCAUAAUACAAGUUAGGCAUUAGAGAUUUCCGUAGAGCAUUAUCAUUAUGACACAUUGAAUAGUGUGCUUUGAGAAUACUUUUAUCUCUUAACUUCUAUGACAAUACACAGAAGACAAAUGUUAUUUGAGUUUCCUUUUUGAAUAUUUAGUUAAGUUAAUAAGUUAAUAUUAAGUUAAGGUCUCCAUGUAUUGUCAGCACCAUUUUUAUACCGUUGAAUGACACUCGUUUGUACCAUAAACACUGUAUGUAGGUUUGUUGGAGUAAUCCAUAGUCUGUUAAAUUAAGUGAUUUAUUUUGAAAGGUCAGACAGAUUCAAGUAUCAAUCCACUGUCAGAGUGGUAGUGUAUAAAAAAUACUUUUAAUGCUCUUUUUGAGACGUUAGACCAUAAAAAGUUGAAAUAUUUGACCAGAAAAGAUUUCUGUUUAAUAAACCCACCUUGUGUGGUUUUUAUUGUUAAAAUAAAGCCAGCUGAAGAGUAUGCAGCUGUUCAGACACUAAAAAGUAUAAAAAAAAAUAUCAAACUGAUUUGGCUGGUGUCCGCUCCCACUGAUGAUGUCAUGCCAUUAAGAUAAAGCAAAAAAAUGUUACUGCUUACUUUAUGUCAUUUUGGAGCCUUAGGGAAUUUACACUUGAAAGGGAGGUUGAAGACUUAAGAUAAUUUAAAAACAGCAUGUGAAAAUGUUGAAUGUGGCUUUGAUGCUUUGGUUUGAAAAUUACUGAACUCUUCUACAAAUGUGAAGAUCAAAAACCUCAUGACAGAUAUUGUAAUUGUUGAACACUAUUUAUGAAUGUUAAAAACAGCAGAUUGGUCAAGUUUCAUGAAUGUGUUACUUAUGGACGAUCCUUUUAUGGACAGCCAAAAUUUCAGUGCAAUGCGCUAAAAGUGCGAAUAAAUUUUCUGACUUUUUAUCACGAAACAA